CAUGACGAGGCACGAGCAGGAAGUACGACCUACAGCAGGCGGUGAGUCUGUCUGUAUCUGGUGCAACUGAUCCAAUCCAACGGAGGUUAAACUAUUUUCAUUUGCCAUAACGCGGUCUUGUGAGUGAUACAGAUGUCUGCAGAAUAAUAAUGAGGGGGUGAAAGAUUACCUAUACACAUGUAUGUGAUUCCACUCACAGAGCGGAAUUGUCCAGAAGCGAGGGUUAGGCGUGCAGCAUUACGCGAAAGUUAGACACUCGCAGCUACUUGUAAUGGCAACACGCGUUUCUUAUCUGUCAGGUAGUGCUCCGGAUUGAUGUAUUCUCGCUAACCACGUUACCUCUGCGUGUAUAGUCACUCAUACUCAUUCAUCAUGUCCACCGACCCUUUGAUCCACAAACUCUGCAGCAUAUUUGACCCAUUUAAAGAUGUAGCUGUUGUCUUUGAGCUUUUCCAGUAAAAUAGGAAUCAAGAGGCACGAAUUAGGCUUGAGUUAGGCUUCAGAAUUUUGCUGUAAUUUUUUAUGAAGAUAGUCAUUUUCAAAGGAAAGGACCAUACAACAAUUACAAUCAUGUACUUUAAGUUGGCUGCUUUCAGUGGCAGAAGAUUUUUGGUCAAUCUAAAAUGUACUGUAAAAAAAGUCAAAAUGCCUCAUUUGGUAACCUUUAGAUCAGCGUCCUUCCAGCCCUGUCAGAGGGGGUCCAUGUUGAUUAAGGUGCCUUUGGCUGGCUUGCUUUGUUGGGGCACAGUGAAUGUGGCCAGCUGCCAGGAGGUCCUGGCCCCUCAGCAGAGAAAGUUUGUAGUUAAGGUGCGGAUUGACCGGAUAGGCUUUGCCUUGCGUGUGGGUCUCCGCUCCCUGGUCCUUCUACUUAAGUUCAGCCCGCUACUGCUGUUGUACCCGCUGUGCCUGUUCUCAUGGCGGCUUCGCGGGCUCUGGCUAGACGCCCUGCUCUGGGUCACAGAAACCUCUGGGCCCACCUUCAUUAAACUAGGCCAGUGGGCCAGCACCCGGCGUGACCUCUUCUCCCCAGAGUUCUGCGAUCGCUUUUCCAAGCUGCAUGUACGUGUUCCGGCUCACUCCUGGACCCACACCCAGCGCUGCCUAAACCGGGCCUUUGGCGACACCUGGAGGCAGCUGUUUGUCUUUCAGAAUCGGGAGCCUGUGGGCUCAGGCUGCGUGGCCCAGGUCUACAGGGCCAUGGCCCGAGUGGACCGUAUGGAGAACCCAGCGUUCCACCAGUGGCUGGAGCAGCUGGAGGGGCAGGACCUUCUGGAAGCCUGGGAGAUCCCUGGGCUCAGUGGAGUGCUGGCGCUCCUUUUGGGGCGUGGAAGGGAUGUGGGGGAUGAGCUCAGAGAAGCAGAGACCCAGAGUGGGCAAGGAGAACGGGGACCCGACCUGGCUGGAAACCCUCUUAUGCCAGUGGCUAUCAAGGUGCUCCACCCAGGCAUCAAGGGCCGGGUGCAGGUGGACUUGCUCCUCAUGCAUGUGGCCAGCCGGCUUCUCUCACUCCUGCCAGGACUCAGGUGGCUCAGCCUGCCAGAGGUGGUGCAGGAGUUUGAGAAGCUGAUGACCAAGCAGAUCGACCUUCGGUAUGAGGCAGAGAACUUUGAGCGAUUCCAAGUCAACUUUCAAAACGUGGAUGCAGUGAGGUUCCCGACACCCCUGAGGCCAUUUGUCACAAGGGAUGUUUUGGUGGAAACAUUUGAGGAGAGCGAGCCCAUUUCAAGCUUCCUGGGUCAGGAGGUGCCAGAGGAUGUCAAGCGGAAGAUAGCCCGGAUGGGAGUCGACGCCCUUCUGAAGAUGGUGUUUGUGGAUAACUUUGUACAUGGGGACCUACACCCAGGGAACAUCCUGGUACAGGGCGAUGGGGGACCGCCUCCCCCAGGCACGAUGGCACUGACGGAUCUGUGCGACACGGUGGUGGUGACCGUGAGGCCGUCCGGGCCACCCAUGCGCCUGGUUCUGCUGGACGCUGGCAUUGUCUCAUGGCUCUCAGAUGGGGACCUUCGCAACUUCCGUGCCGUCUUCACGGCUGUGGUCCACCGUCAGGGCGAGAAGGUGGCUGAGCUGAUUCUUACCCACGCCAGGGCGAGCAAGUGCACCGAUGUUCCCAGGUUCAAACAGGAGAUGGCAGCACUGGUGAAUGAGGCCCUUAGCCACACACUUUCUCUAGGGAAGGUGCAAGUGGGUGAUCUGCUCACCAGAGUUUUUAAGCUGUUGAUGGCCCACAAGGUGAAGCUGGAAAGCAACUUUGCUUCCAUUGUGUUUGCCAUCAUAGUGUUGGAGGGGUUGGGGAGGUCCCUGGAUCCCAACCUGGAUAUUCUGGAGAUCGCUAAGCCCCUGCUUCUGAGGAAUGCUGCUUCUCUCAUCUGAUGCCCCACAGUGCCAUGCAGCUCAUUGGCUCAGACGGCGUGUGCUACUUUAGCCAUAAUGUUCAGACUGUAAGUUUAGUAAAAGCAGAGUUCAGGAUAUUAAAUCACCAAAUAAUGAUUGUUGGGACUAUAAUGUUAACAGUAAUGUCCUACAAAUCUAUGCAUAGAACACGGGCCCACUGCAGCUAUACUGUGAGUUUAUAUCCCCUAUCGUCUCUUAAUGUCUGUGCAUUUAUACUGAAGAUGCAGUUAAUUACCUGCAUGUCUCAGUACAAACCUGAGCAAACUAUCUCAGGAAAUAGGGGUUUACUUUAAUCAAAAUUUCAUUAGACCAAUUAAAAUGUUUAAGACCAGUUUUUAAUAAUGAAGAGCACAUCCUCUGGAAGAGUUCCAGUAACCUCAAGCUCAUGGUUACUUAUGCAGUGUUGAGUUUAAUGGUUAUAUGCUUUGAAAACACUGAAAGUCAUUCUGAAAUCUAGCAUAUUUACUCUCGUGUUCUUGUCUGUCUGUAUCGUAAUCGUAAAUCAUCUUAUACUGAUCUCAUUGUUGAGAGGAAGCGUUUGAAAAUCUCCUGUGAUUUAAACAUUGAUUUUUCUGUAUGAAA